AUGUUGAGAUUUUUGAGGCAACCACUAGUGGUGACAGCGGACAUCAACCUGAGUGUCUUGGCUCUGACUGGGGUGGGAUUGCUGAGUAGGCUGUGGCGGCUCACCUAUCCUCGGGCUGUAGUUUUUGAUGAAGUAUAUUAUGGGCAGUACAUCUCUUUUUACAUGAAGCGGAUCUUCUUCUUGGACAACAGUGGACCACCGUUCGGCCACAUGCUGCUGGCCUUGGGAGGUUAUGUAGGAGGAUUUGAUGGUAACUUUUUGUGGAACAGAAUUGGAGCAGAAUACAGCAGCAACGUGCCUGUCUGGUCCUUGCGCUUGCUGCCGGCUCUUGCAGGGGCUCUCUCAGUGCCGAUGGCCUACCAGAUAGUGCUAGAGCUCAACUAUUCUCACUGCACCGCCAUGGGAGCUGCUCUGUUGAUGCUUAUAGAGAACACUCUCAUCACUCAGUCAAGGCUAAUGCUUUUGGAGUCAGCACUCAUAUUUUUUAACCUGUUGUCUGUGUUGUCUUACCUGAAGUUCUCCAACCUCCAGAAACACAGCCCUUUCUCUCUAAGUUGGUGGUUUUGGUUAACGGUGACAGGAGUUGCUUGUUCCUGCACAGUUGGCGUAAAAUACACGGGUGUUUUCACGUACUUGCUCCUGCUCAGCGUUGCUGCGGUCCACGCCUGGCACCUGAUUGGAGACCAGACAUUAUCAAAUGUCUGCGUGUUCUGCCACCUGCUGGCCAGAGCAGUGGCUUUGUUGGUCCUCCCAAUGCUCAUGUACUUACUUUUCUUCUACGUCCACUUGAUUCUACUCUAUCGCUCCGGGCCCCACGACCAAAUCAUGUCCAGUGCUUUCCAGGCCAGCUUGGAGGGAGGGCUGGCUCGGAUCACACGAGGCCAGCCCCUGGAAGUGGCCUUCGGCUCCCAGGUUACUCUGAGGAGUGUCUUUGGCAAGCCUAUCCCCUGCUGGCUUCACUCCCACCAGAACACCUACCCCAUGAUAUACGAGAAUGGCCGGGGCAGCUCCCACCAGCAGCAGGUGACCUGUUACCCCUUCAAAGAUGUCAACAACUGGUGGAUUGUAAAGGAUCCUGGGAGGUACCAGUUUGUGGUGAACAACCCUCCUAGGGCCGUACGGCAUGGAGAUAUUGUGCAGCUGGUCCAUGGCAUGACCUCCCGCCUCCUCAACACGCACGAUGUCGCAGCCCCAAUGAGCCCUCACUCCCAGGAGGUCUCCUGUUACAUUGACUAUAACAUCUCCAUGCCUCCCCAGAACCUCUGGAGAUUGGAGAUCGUCAACAGAGAGUCAGAUACAGACAUCUGGAAGACCAUAAUGUCCGAAGUUCGGUUUGUGCACGUGAACACUUCCGCCAUCUUAAAGCUGAGCGGGGCACACCUCCCUGACUGGGGUUUCCAGCAGCUGGAGGUGGUUGGGGAGAAACUGAACAGGGCCUACCACGAGAGCAUGGUGUGGAACGUGGAGGAGCAUCGGUAUGGGAAAGGUCAGGAACAGAAGGAAAGGGAACUGGAGCUACACUCAUCGACUCAGGUUGACAUCAGCAGAAACCUGAGCUUCAUGGCCAGGUUCACGGAACUGCAGUGGCGGAUGCUGACGUUGAGGACUGAAAACUCAGAGCACAAGUACAGCUCCAGCCCGCUGGAGUGGGUCACGCUGGACACCAACAUCGCCUACUGGCUGCACCCCAGGACCAAUUCUUACACCCUGCGCCCACUGACAUACGGGGACACGUCUCUGUCCCCGAGUGAACUCAGGGCCCUCCGCUGGAAAGACAGCUGGGACAUCUUGAUCCGGAAGUAG